AUGACAGUCUCGAAUAUUGUUCGAUCUUGGCUCCUUCAAGGUUUUCAAAUUCCGUCUAUUCUAGUCGGUGUCUUUAUCCUCUAUUACUUACUCAUGGAUCGAGCACUUCGAAAUGCACUUAACAAUCAUGUAAUUAUUGUCAUGGUCUUUGUUGGUCUUAUCUUGCAAUGUAUCGAUGUUACGGCGCUCACUUACUACGAUCGUACCGCCACUGUGUUAGUAUCCACAAGAGCUUUUUGUUUUACAUGGGCAAUCAUUCAUGACAUUGGGGUUGUGGGAACAAUAAAUCUGGUGGCUUGGGCGUCGAUUGAACGCCAUAUUCUUAUCUUUCAUGCAAAUUUGGUUCGUACAAAAACAAAGCGAUUUUUUCUUCAUUAUCUUCCAUUAGUUAUAUGCAUGAUGUUUCCUGGCGUAUUUUAUAUUACUAUGCUCUUCAUCGUACCUUGUUCUGUCACAAUGGAUAAUACAAAAAUACAUUGUGGUUAUUUUGCCUGUAUCUAUGUUAACCCGUCAGUUGUAUUGUAUAAUACCAUAGUGAAUUACCUCAUUGCUCCAUUUAUCAUUGUAAUAUUCAGUGUGGCUCUUAUUAUACGUGUGCUGGUUAGUAAAUGCCGUGCUCGUCAACGAAUUGAAUGGCGCAAUUACAGAAAAAUGGCCAUCCAAUUAUUAUCAAUAUCUUUUCUCUAUAUGUUUGUAUAUUGUCCGCCAAUUUUCUUAUAUACUGCUUAUUUGGCAGGUUUACCACAAAAUAUAGCUACCGAUUACAAUUCUGAUAGCAACUAUUUUGCUUACUGUGCUAUAACAUUCACUCCUUUGGUAUGUGCUCUCUCAUUGCCUGAACUUCGAACGAAACUUAAAAUAUGUUUUCCAUGCUGUCGAAGAUGUCGUGCUGCUGUUGGUCCACAAUCAUUGAUGAUGACUCGUACAAAAGCAGGUCUAAUAGCUAGUCCAACAGCUAGUCCAGCAGCUGGCCCAACAGCUGCAAUAGCAACAAUUGCUCAAUAA